CGGGUGUAAAUUUUGGGCCGGAUUGCUCGAGUGUUAGUUGAAUUAGAGGCGGUUUCGGUGAGACAGGACGCCUUUGAGGCAGCCGAAACUCGAGCCCCUCGACGGUGUCUGCCGUUGUCAAUUUGUGGUUAACACGAAUCGGGUUUAUUUUUUGGACGUGUGCGAGUUUCGCGUUCGCGUCCCGCGGCCGCGCCGUCAGAGCGCGGAACGCGAGUCGCGGGGCAGAACGACGCCGCGGAGGAGAACCCGAGCGACCACCGGGACAGGAGGGGCUUUGUUUUGACGCGCGCCGUGUCCGCAGGUGCGACAGAGACACUUUCGCGUCCGACUUUCAUGUGCGAAAAUGCUCAAAUUCGGUAAUAAAGGUGAGGCUAGUGUGAGCCACAAGUGCACCAUCAGACUGCUCGACGACUCGGAGGUGAUCGAGUGCGAGUUCCAGUCGCAUCACAAAGGAAAAUACUUGCUCGAGUUCGUGUGUCGGCAGCUGAACCUCAUCGAAAAGGAUUACUUCGCCCUGCGAUAUGUCGACGCCAACAAGCAGAGGCAUUGGCUGGACCCAGCAAAGACUGUUCUCAAACAAAUCAAAGAGUUGGACCCGAUCUUGUUCAGCUUCCGGGUGAAGUUCUACCCUCCGGACCCGUUCAAGUUGAAGGAGGAAAUCACCAGGUACCAGUUGUAUCUGCAGCUUCGCAGAGAUCUGCUGCACGGCCGACUUUAUUGCUCGGCACCAGAGGCAGCCCUCCUUGGCGCUUACGUUAUUCAAGGGGACCUGGGAGACUAUGACCCAGAAGAACACGAAGGAAACUAUGUGGCGGAACACAAGCUUCUGCUGAAACAGACCAUCAAAAUUGAAGAGGACAUUAUGGAGCUGCACCAGACUCAAAUGCGAGGUCAGUCUCCAGAGACCACCGAAACCAACUUCCUGAGAAAAGCCUACCAGCUAGACACGUACGGUAUCGAUCCGCACCCUGUAAAGGACCAUCGUAGUAAUCCACUGUAUUUGGGAAUCAAUCACAGCGGAAUUAUCACACUCCAGGGCAGCAGAAAGACGAACCACUUCAAGUGGAAUGAGGUGCAGAAGAUCAACUACGAGGGCAAAAUGUUCAUUAUCCAUCUGGUCUUCAAUGAAGAUCCAAGAAAUAAGAAGAAGCACACCGUUGGCUUCAAAUGUCCCUCUAGUUCAGCGUGUAGACACGUUUGGCGAUGUGCGGUGGAGCAAAUGUUGUUCUUCACGUUGCAAUCGUCAUCGGAAGCACCGGCUGUCGUGUCUGGUGGCGGUUUGUUCUCGUGGGGCACAAAGCUGCGCUAUUCGGGUCGCACAGAGAAAGAAAUCCAGGAGGACAUUGGACCUCUGAGGAGAGAAGAGCCGGCCAUCAAGCGCACUGGAAGUCUGCGCCGCAAAGCGUCCAGUGUUCCCGCCACCCCUUCCACCCCCGUCGGAACUGAAUUAGGAGAUAUUCGUUAUGGCAGUCUUCCACGAGCCAAUCACUCUGCCCCUGACACAAGACUGGACGGCUCAGGUCUGCUCAGUGGAUCUGAUCUCUCGUCUCCCUACUGUCCCGAUGGCACCCUCCCUCUGCUGGAGACAGUGGCUGAGGACCAGGAGUUGUCGUCCAAGCCAAGAGCCGAUGAACAAGCGGCCACUGAACCUAAGCAUGUUGUGCCUGAGCAUGAACAUUCUGUUCCAACUCCUGCCAUUUUGAUCUCGGAGGCUUGUAACGAGGAGGUUGUUAACAAUGUUAACACCGACGAGGUCAAAAAUGAACCCAAAUCUAAUGGAGACGUUGUUGAAAUUGCUAAAGGAGUGGACGAGGGUGGACACCCUCCACUGGGCUACGGCGACUACUACUUCCGCGACUCGUUCGAAAUGAACGCCCCCGAGAUGGAGGUGAAGAGUGGCCGGGGCGCCGGCCUGACCAACCGUGAGGGCCUGGCCCUGCAGCCGCACCCGGGGGUGGGCGCCGCCCCCGUCACCGGAGGCGGCAACCGGUCGUUCAACCUGCUCAGGGUGUUUGUGCCGUCGUUCCUGGCGGUCGCCCUUCUGUUGACAGUGGUGCUGGUGCUUGUGCUCGAGACAAACUCGGAGCUGUUCAGCGGGUUGCGCGCCCUGCCCGAAAUCGUCAUCCUGCGGCAGGAGUACUACGAGCCGGCCAAGGAGUUCUUCCGGCAGAAACUGGCCUCCAUUUUUUAAAAGUGCCUCCUCUUGCCGGGGACCUGUUUUGUUCUGAUUCUCAAACUUUUGCUCUGUAAAUAGCUGCGGCCGUUUUUCAUUCGAAAAUGAAAAAAAAAAUAUCAAUUUUCUCUCCGGCAACGGUGGCCAACAACCGAGUUUUAUACUUUUACAUGCGCUGACAAUGAGUUGCGGUUCAAAUACA